AUGGCGGGCGCCUCCGACCCCCUGGAAGAUAUGCUCUUUUCAGAGGUGGAUGAAAAAGCUGUGAGCGACCUAGUGGGCUCGUUGGAGUCACAGCUUGCUGGCCAAAGCAACCCAGCAGGGAAAACAGACGAAAACGGAGGCGCUGGCUCAGUGGCCCCCGCUAACCAUCACUUAGGAAAAACGCUACCAGCUCCAGUGGGCACCACAACACUAGAACAACAACAACAAGGACGGCGUAAUAAACCUGAGAUGCGCCAGGAGAUCAACUCUAAAGACGUUAGCCCGGAUAAAACUGUCACGUCUCCUUCUCUGGGUUGUACCCCGUCUUUUGGCGAGCCUUCCACCACUUCGGCUGCCGGUGUGAGCGCCACUAGCAGCGGUUCGCAAUCACAUGGAGCAUCCAUCACAACACUGACUGCAUCUGGUGUGUCAACUUUGGCGUCUACGCCAGCCAGCAUCAGCACCACAUCCAGCCGGGGGUCUAAGGUUAACACGGGCACAGGUGAGACGACGACGGAAGCUUGUCCGCCGAGAAAACGCAUAACCACACCGCGGAGGAGCGCUUCGGCUCGGAUAAAGAGUUUGAACGGCGCACCUGUAACGACGAGAAGGACCAGCAACACGGCGGUGGCUGAAAACGUUAGCCCUGUGGAUACCAGUGCGACUACCCCAAACUCCACCCGACCGGUGACAUCCUCUAUCAACACUUCGACUUUCACCUUAUCUAACGCUAACCUCCCUGUAGGUCAGUCGGCUAUUGCGCUGGACCGGGGGACUCCCACCAUCGCUUUGCAUCGACUCCCGAGUCAUAUUGUGGCGAGCAUAGCCCAGAACGGCAACGGGACCAGUGUGUCGGCCUUGGUCCAGCAGGGCACGCGCAUAGGAACCAUCACCUCUUCAGCCUCACCCGGGAACCACGACAAACCGGUCACAGACACUGGGGCUUCCAAAACAGACGAUUGUCAGUCCAAAAUUGUAAUGUCAAGCCAGCCUGGUAGUGUCAACUCUGUAAUAAGCACUGUUCCCCCUGCGCCUUCUGUGGUCACACCAACAACAACUACAGCUGCAGCUACAACGACCACAACAGUGACCCAGCCUUUGAGCUCUGCCACAGCUGCUGUCUGUGUUACAGGGGUGGCAACGAGUUCUGUAUGUGGAACUGGUCAAACUACAGUGACUGCCACCCUUAGCAUGGUCAGGCCCACAGCCCCCUCUCCAACACCUGCUGUGGCCACCUCUGCACAGUCUCAACCCCGUCCUGGACUUACAGCACCUCAAAGGAUCGUAGCCCCCCAGCUGAUUGUCAGACCGCCUCAGCAGCAGACUACCAUUCAGCUGCCCCCUGGGUUUACCAUCCCACCGGGGAUGGUGUUGGUACGAACAGAGUUGGGCCAGCUAGUGAUGGUUCCUCAGCAAGCUUUGGCUCAAGCUCAAGCUCAAGCUCAAGCUCAGGCUCAGGCCCAGAACAACAUCUCUCCCCGACCUGCCACCCCCACAACAGGAGCAUCCUUCAGAGUAACAACUCCACAGAAGGGCCCUGUGGCACCGGCCGUGGCUGUGACGGCUCCACAGCAGACCCCCGUGGUUAUGGCCCCCCAGGCCCCGGCCCCGGCCCAGGCUGCCUCCCAGCCAGUGCAGCCUCCGCAGACGGGCAUCGCCGCGGCCCCCGGAGCUCCUGUCGUGUCCCAGGAAAUGCAAGAGAAUGUCAAAAAGUGUAAGAAUUUCCUGGCCACGCUUAUCAAGCUGGCAUCUCACAACUCUCCGUCCCCUGAGACUUCUAAGAACGUCAAGGCUCUGGUUCAGGACCUGCUGGAUGCCAAGAUUGAACCGGAGGAGUUCACCAGCCGGCUGCAGACUGAGCUCAAGUCGUCUCCACAGCCUUACUUGGUGCCCUUUCUCAAGAAGAGCCUCCCGGCCCUGAGGCUGUCUUUGCUGAAUAGUCAGCAGUCCCUGACCCAGCCCCCGCAGCAGGGAGUCAAACCAGUACCCGGUGGCACCCCCCCUGCCAUCGUGGCUGGGCCAGCUGUCCGCAUACGCCACCCUAACAGCGUCAGCACCACUGCGGGUGCCAGUGCACUGCCCGCUGGGACGCUCGGACAUGCAGCUGCAAUGGGAAUCAAGGCGGCAGGUGCUGUCAGUGGCCAGGUCCGCAUGCCCGUGGUGAUCACACAGUCUUUCAGAGCGCAAGGCACAAUGGGCAAGGGAACCAUCGUCCAAGCGGGGAAAAGUCCUGUGGGCUUGGCCGUGCAGAUCUCUGGGAAUCAGAAAAACAAGCUCAAUGACCCCGGAGGAGGCUCUUUCAGGGAUGAUGAUGACAUCAAUGAUGUAGCCUCCAUGGCCGGCGUGAACCUGAACGAGGAGAGCGCAAGAAUACUUGCCACCAACUCUGAACUGGUGGGAACGCAGAUCCGCUCUUGUAAAGACGAGGCCUUUCUCCACCCGGGACUGCUCCAUCGACGAAUAUUGGAAACAGCCAAGAAGUUUGGAGUCACAGAGGUCCCUAUGGAGGCAGUGACGUUCAUCUCACAUGCCACACAGUCACGACUUCGGACUGUGGUAGAAAAAGUAUCUACUAUCGCACAGCACCGACUGGACUCCUGUAAGGAUGAUGAGUGCUAUGAACAGUCUGCAGACGUUCGCUCUCAGCUUCGCUUCUUCGAGCAGCUGGAGAGAAUCGAGAAGCAGAGGAAGGACGAGCAGGAGAGAGAGAUCCUGUUGAAAGCCGCUAAAAGUCGCUCCAGGCAAGAGGACCCAGAGCAAGCUCGACUGAAACAGAAAGCUAAGGAGAUGCAGCAACAGGAACUGGCCCAGAUGAGGCAGCGAGAUGCCAACCUUACAGCACUAGCCGCCAUCGGACCCCGCAAAAAACGCAAAGUGGAUUCACCAGGAGCCACCCCAUCAGGGACAGAGGUUUCAGGCAGCACGGCGGGCUCCCUGGCCAGCUCCUCCACCCCGUCCACCUCAUCGCGCCAGUACACACGGCAACGCAUCACUCGCGUCAACCUCAGGGACUUAAUUUUCUACAUGGAGCAGGAGAGAGAGACCGCCCACUCCCUCCUCCUUUACCGUGCCCUGCUCAAGUAGCCUCUGGUCCCCUCAGUGCCCACCUCAACCUCCUCCUCCUCCUCCUUCACAGCCACGUGCCUUCAGAUCAGGUCUAAUGUUUCAGCUCUGUGUCUCCAUAUGUACUGUAGUAACGUUUUAUGUAGCUUUUCAUAAAAACAGAGAGAGAGAGAAAAAAAACGUACAAAAAUGAAAACUGUUGUUCCGAGUCUUCUCCGUUUAGAUUCACUGUGUGUAGUUAGAUAAUUCAGUUUAACGGCCAUAUCAAAUUCUAUCUGUUGUAGUUGAAUUUGUUGAAGGAACAAAGCGGUUUUUGUGUUGCAGGACUUGACCCACAACUCGUUCCAUGUAUGUUGGGUAGCUAUUUAUUUGACGCCGUUGGCAGUAGCUUCAAUGAACCACCUCAAAGUAAGGAUUAUUUUGGCGAAGAGAAUUAUGUUCACACCUCGAUACAGCCUACGAAAUUUUCCACGAGCUAUUUGUUGAACACAGUUCAAUGAAUGUAGUUAAGCUGAAUUCAGUAAGAGGCUUUACUGACUUCUAUACCGAGACAUCAUUUUAAAACAUUAAGAUUCCAAAUAACAGCAUCACGUUAAAUUUCACGUAUUUGUAAAUAGUUCUUUUUGAAUUAUUUUACAGCAUGUAUAUUUUUAUCACAUGUAAGCUUUGUAAGAAAAGGAAUAACCCAUGUGUCAAUAUUCUGAAACCUGAUGUUUUGUAAAACCAUGUGCUUUGAAUGAGUCAAAAUUAGACAGUUUGUUUUGUUCAAAUGUAGAGUUUUUGUUAUAAGACAGAGUCCCCAUGACCCCUCUGCAACGGUCAAUAAACAAAACCAUGGUCGCACUAUGACACCAUUUUCUGAUUGGUCACCCUAGUUCAGUAAGUUGUUGGUUUUUUUUACCCACAGAUAAUGUGAACAUUGUUUCUAUGACUAAAUGUUUGUACGUUGUGUACUAUCAAGCUGACUUCUUGAAGAACUUACCAGGUCGAGAAGGUAAGUUUUGGUUCAGAGAGGUCAAUAUUGUGACCUGUCCUCUCUGGACCCCCCCUUAGCCCCACCCACUUUGGUAAUGACUGAUGCCUUGUCCACACGUACACGGACAUGUUUUCAAACUGUUGGAAAAAAAAAAAAGACCUUUGUGAUCCAUAUAUCUCCGUACACA